AUGUUCUUAACCACAUUCAUUAAAUCGCAUUUUACGAAAUUAAGUGUACCAAUAUUUAACUCUCAUUCUGGUUCAAGAAUAGACAAAUUUCUUAUCACAGACCUCAAUCGCAGCUGGAAUGAAGUCUAAAAAUAUAUUCGAAAUGGCGAAAUCAAUGUUAAUAACAAAAAAAUUAAAGAUCACUAAUUCCUUCUUCAAGAAGGAGAUAUAGUUACUUAUUGGGAUAAAUUAAAGAAAUAAGAUCAAAAUUAAUUAAGACCACUUCCCAAUGUAUAAUCCUAUGAAGACUUAAAAAAAAUGAUCCUCUAUGAAAACGAUUAAAUAAUUAUUCUUAAUAAAAAGCAUGGAUACGCAUCAUAAGGAGGAGCAAAUCCUAAUUACAAUAUACCAGAAAUUUUAAAUUUAUAUUUUAAAAACUUCUACAUUAUUCAUAGGUUAGAUUAAUUAACAGCUGGUCUAUUAAUUAUAGCUAAAAAUAAAGAUGUUGCAACAGAAAUUAGUAGAAUCAUAUAAGAAAAAGCCUUUAUCACAAAAAAAUAUAUAGCUGUUGUUUAAGGCACAAUAAAAUCAUAAAAAGGCUUAAUUGAUCGUCCAUUAUUAUUUAAUACAAAUAAUCAAAAAUAAACAUGUUAUAAUGAAGAAUAAUUAUUAGAAGGUAAAUAUUUACCUGCGAGAACCUCAUAUGAAAUUAUUGAAGAAUAUGAGUAUGGAAAUGAAAUCUAUACUGUAUUAGAUUUACAAAUUUUUGAGGGUCGUAAACAUUAAAUUAGAGCACAUUUAAGUUAAGUACUCAAAACUCCUAUACUUUUCGAUCAAAAAUAUGGAUUUUAAUUUACUAAAUCUAAUAGAGAACUAUAAACUUAAUUAUUUGGUGAAAAUUAAGGAAUUAUGCUCUAAGCUAAAAAGAUGAUUUUUCAAAAUUUUCCUGUUGACAUUAAUGAAUAAUUUUAUUAAAAUUCAAAUGGAUCCAUGAUUUAAAAAAAUGGAAAAUUAGAAAUUGAGGCUACUUUUUCUAAUGAAUUUGAAUCUCUUUUAUAAUUAUUGCCCAAAUGA